UAAACCUAUUUAUAAUUCAGUAGCGCGAGCUAAGUACUGCUGCACGGUGUUUUAAUGCUUGUAUUCGGUAUCACCUCGCGGUCCCAAGCCAGACAUUUGUUGCGGCACCAUUUGACCAGGAUAUCGAGUUUAACUUGCGAGAGUCGCAGGAUGUCAUCCUCAAAUCCAGUGGCCGCAGUGUGUCAGGUGACCUCCACCCCAGACAAAGAGGUCAACUUUGCCGCUUGCAAGCGAUUGAUGGAGCAGGCAAAGGAGAGGGGCGCCAGCAUGGUGUUCCUGCCGGAGGGCUUCGACUACAUCGGGUCAAGUCGUGACGAGACCUUGCAGUUGUCGGAAAGCCUGGAAGGACACACUAUCUCACGCUACUCUCAGCUGGCCAGGAAUUUGGGGGUGUGGCUUUCUCUGGGAGGAUUUCAUGAAAGAGGGGGAGACUGGGAGACAGACAGGAGGAUCUACAAUAGUCACAUCAUCCUCAAUGAACAAGGUGAUAUAGUCUCAGUGUACAGGAAGGGGCACCUGUUCGAUGUAGAGCUGAAAGAAAAGGGUGUGUCCCUCAGAGAGAGUGCGUUCACCAUCCCAGGACCCAGUCUCACUCCCCCGGUCCAGACUCCCAUCGGAAAGGUGGGGCUGGGCGUAUGCUAUGACCUGCGAUUCCCAGAGCUCUCAUUGGCCCUCUUGCGGCACGGAGCAGAGAUUCUGACAUACCCAUCAGCUUUCACUGUGGCAACGGGGGCAGCCCACUGGGAGGUGUUGCUUCGCGCCAGGGCCAUUGAGACUCAGUGUUUCGUUCUGGCUGCCGCCCAGGUGGGCAGCCACCAUGCCAAGCGUGCCUCUUACGGCCACGCCCUGGCUGUGGACCCAUGGGGGAAGGUGAUUGGUGACUGUGGGGGGGCGGAGACGGGCGUGGCCCUGGUGGAGAUCGACAUGCAGAAGCUCAGGGACACCAGGACGAAUAUGCCGGUGCAGCAGCAUUGGAGGAGUGCCGAGUUCUACAGCAGCCUGGACUGAAGAGACAGGAACAUUUCUGGGGCAAAUCUGGCUCUUAUUAA